UCAAACCGAAAAUCGGAUUUUCGUCUUUUCUCGCACUUAAUCUUCAAGUGUCCCCCUCCUCGUCGUGAUCAUAUCGCACUUAUGACUUAGACAAGGACGUGAAUAAAUUCAAAAACGUCACACUUGAAUCAAGAAAUCAGUUCGACGGUACCAUCAGUAGGUAGUGCAAUAGUCAAAAAAGCAUGAAGGAUAAUAGAGUCAACCGCGCCUCAAAACUCGCCCUUCAUUGUCAUCAGAGUUCGAUUGACCUGUGACAAUUCGGAAGUUCCUCAUUACAAGAAGUGGAUAAUCACUUAGAAACGCUUCAAUUGAGAUUAAUCCCCUUUAUGUGAUUUGCAUCGAAGAUGAUGUCCAAGAAAGAAUGGUUUGUGGUUUUGUGCAUUUUUAUUUUUUAUUUGAUGAUGGGGGCUGCCUUCUUCCAAUGGAAGGAAUCCGAAAAAGAGCAAGAACGACUUCAAAACAAAGACUGUCUAAGAAAGAAGGUCGAUAAAUUCGUGGCCCAAAUUUUCGACAAAUCGGCCUCACUGCCUAAUGAAAAAGAAUUUUUCCAAGCUUUAACUGAUUAUUGCGGCAAGCCGAUAAAGCGAGGGAUGACUGAAAUCCGGGAAGACAACAAAUGGGAUUUUUACCAUUCGUUGUUUUUUGUUAUCACGGUCGUGAGUACUAUUGGCUACGGCAAUUUAUCCCCAACUACCACUCUGACACGCAUCGUCAUGAUUUUUUAUGGCUUGAUCGGAAUACCCUUAAAUGGUAUAGUGAUGGUGACUCUAGGCAAUUAUUUCGGAAGAUCAUUUACGAAACUGUAUCAACGAUGGAAAAACAAAAGUAACGAGAAUGAUUUAACCCGAUUGGGGCUUAUAAGUCAGGUUAUUUUGUAUUUGGUGCCAGGAUUCUUGUUUUUUAUUUUUAUACCGGCUGGACUGAUGGUACUUUUCGAGAAUUGGGACUACGACGUUGCCGUUUAUUACGCUUUUGUCACCUUAACCACGAUCGGGUUUGGUGAUUAUGUUGCAGGUGUCGACCAACCCCACCAAUUCUCUGAUUACCACUGGUUCUACAAAAUAUUCCUAUUGAUUUGGGUUAUCGGAGGCUUGGGUUAUGUCGUUAUGAUCCUAGGUUUUAUUACUCAGUUUUUCCAAAGCAAAAAUGUAAAAAGAAUCGAACAAAUCAUUAGUGAAAACAUCAAAAAGACUCCAAUACGUAUCCGGCAAGAACUCCGAUCCUUGCUUCAAGAAUUCCUAAUUUUGAAAGUGAAAAGAGGCAAAGCGUUCGACUACAUCCCUCGCCGUAUCAGCCGAACCUCAAGUUGUCCCGAUUUGGAUAUUUACCGUAACAUGAAUUCACCUACAAUGGUCCGAAAACGGGCUCUUUCCGAAUGCCCAGGUUAUUACAACCUCCAAACGUUCGAAUCUCAGUCAGACCUGAUGGACCGUAUUGAGCAAGAACAACAAAAUGAUCUCCUCCUUAAAGUCGUGGACGCUCUUAGUAACAUAUCAGACCCUGAAGAAGGCACUUAUGAAAAUUUGCCAGACUCUGACAUUCUCGCAAGUGAGAGAUACGGAAGCAAAUGGUCACUCAAAAGUCAAACACUCGCACUUCCAAAAUCGCAACGUAGACGAGCAAUUAGUGAUAUUAGGGUCCCAUCGAUGCACAAGGUUGAAGCCAGGCAUGACAUCUGGUCCGAUAGAACGCGGACUUUUUCAGAACCGUCCUCAGAGACCGAAAACCGGUCCGAAAACCUCCUCACUCGUUUCAAAAACAUAUUCAUGGGUCCGAAAGAGGAUAAAAACGACGUGGAGCACGGUCGUCGCAGAGCUAGCAUGUUUACGACAACCGAGGACCGGUAUUUGAGACAGACAAACAGGGGGCGAGUUUCGGUUCUUUCCACCCAACAACAAGAUGCCUUCCUUGAACAAACCUCAAUUGCUGAUUUCAUUCGCGCCCUCUCGGCUAUCACCGUCCCCGAAUCAAUGCUACCUCCAGGUGCCCCCAAGAGGAAACUCGGAACGGCCAGUUUGUCACCACCAAAGGGGCCUUCGCCACCUAGAGCCCGAAGACAAGCAAUUAGGCCGAAUCUCCAAACUCGGAGGACGUCCCUUAUGCCUGACACUCACAAUGUACAAAAUGAAAGAAGGAGGUAUUCGUUAAGGCCCGUUGAGGAGAAUUUCUUAGCACCUCCUCCAUACACUCCGAAACCUCCGGAAGAAGCUCGAAACACCCGGAAAUUUUCAAGGCCCAAUAUUCCCGUUAUCACCGUUAGUGGGGUUAGCCCUGUGCAACGCCAAGUCAAUAAAAGAGAUAAUAAAAAUGAUUGAGAGUUGGCCUGUAUCAGGUCGAGUGCUCAAUUCUUUCUGUGAUUAUGUCUCAAGUGCAUGUAGUUAUUUGAAUAAAGAAAUAUUUAUUUUCA